AUGUCAAUGUUUGCAUUGAUCACAACGGCAUCCCGCGGUUCCAGGCGAAGGAUGAUAGGGGGCCAAAUCUCCUUGCAGCAAGGACUCUGCGCCGAAGGGGAAGGUACUCCAUACGUGCCGGAAGCUCCUUGGACAAAGGAAAUUGCGUGGAAACCAGUAAUUCAUACAAAAGAAGGGGGGAAGCGAGAUUCAGAGCCAAAGGCCGACGAAGACGAAUCAUCCCUACGCGCAGCCGCGCUGUCAACAUUCAGCCGUCCGUUGGCCCCAAAAAAAACGCACGAAGGAGACGUCAUGAGAUGGGCCUCAUCCCAAUGGUGCUGCAGCCAGACCGAUAUGAGCGGUGCCAAGCUCAAUUCUGUAGGGCCGCAUUUUGCUUACUUUUUCCGAGCAGCUUGCUCAUUGGAUAUUGAGUGGUUGUACGCGGAGGAUAGGUGGAACGACAGUAAUUCCCACGCCAACGGGGACACUUGCUUGGCAACUCGCAGAGACUCGGAGCCUCUGAUCCCUUCUGAUAGUCUAUCUGGGCCAAGUUUGUCGCUCGUCUUGGCGUCAAAUCAAGCUGUGGUAUUAGCCGCAUCCAAGCCCUUCAGGGGGAGUUGCAGAGAGACACGGCUAUGUGGGCUGCAUUUUAAUGACGAUCACAGCAGACGGUUAACUGGCCUCGUUGCGAGCGUUCAGGACACUUAUGCAGUAAAGACCGUCGCCGAGUAUGGUCUAGUCGAAGCCGUCGUGCGCAAACUAAAAUCGGGCCCCAUGAUCGGGAACGUUCGGCCCCAGGGUCUUUACAGAGGCAGUGUCUCCCUAAAAAAACGCGGUACCAUUAUUUCGGAACUCGAACUUACGACCCCACACAAAGUCAUCGUGCCAUCAUAUAUCAUGAAAGACUCCAAAAGGCGCCAGGACAAGUCAUGGAGAUACGCGGCGUACUCCAUAAUCCAGAACUCUAUUCAGUGUGAAAGAGAAGAACAGAAGCCUGCCAAAACCCCGAAGAGGGAUCGCAUCGAGGUUCCCGUCCCCUACGUAUUUUCAGAACUCUCCUCCGCGCAUAGUCGAGGCUCCGCGUUAUUUUCCCUCGUCUCUCUGCACCCGGCAAUCGGAGGAGGGAUGUGUAAAUGCAAUUCUGCCUCGGCAAGAAAAAUUACGAGCGUCACGAUUUACCAUGAUUUGAACUUUAUCUUCAAACAAGAUGCUUGGAGUGUUGCCCGUUACAGUGAGGUCCUCGUGGACGCCACUUUUCUGCUCGUCGGAGAAGCUUCAACCAUGGACUUCACCCCAUUUUCCAUGACAAACUCCGUUCGGAAGAGCCCUCCGGGUGAUGAAAUGGACGUUCCGCUGCAGUACACGAUAUCGAGCAGUGACGUACUUACCUCGACGCCGAUGAUCGCUCCACGCCUACGAGGUGAAAAACGGGCACUUGGCCAAGAACCAGUUCAUACAUACACGCCGACGAUCGCUCUACCCCUACCCGAUGAAAAACGCGCACUUGGCCAUGGACCAGUACAUACAGUACAUUUGCUCAUAACGCAUAAAGUCGGACCAGCAGAAACUACCAUUAUUUGA